AACGGCGGAUGUAUGUACGAAGCAUCUGGCAACCCUGGUUUAGGUUACGUGCAUGCAAGUGGAAAAUGCCAAAUAGCACUAAAACGUCUUAGGUGGGCUGUCACAGCGUACAAAAUUAUAGGCAAAUAAAUAUUUGCACCUCAAACCUUUAGUGUCGCUGACAUUCAACAAUUGGUGCUCGUUGACGAUGUUUAAAAAGAAGGCUAAUAUACCACCGCGCCCCAAGCCGCCUACGGGCGAAAUGUUAAUUGAAGAUCUCCAAGCUGCAGUAGAUGGUGAUGUUUUCUGUAACGUCUUGAAGACAACUGCUCAUAAAGAAAUGUUACAUCCAGAUGAGACUCAAAUUUCUAACUUCAGCGAACAUUCAACAGAUCCUGAACUACUCUUUGAACAAGUUAAAAUGUUUGUUGAAAUCAAUCAAAACCUAAGAGACAUUAUGAAGAAAUUGCAAUCCCAAAAUGAAUUUCUUCAAACCAGUAAUCUAGAACUGAAAUUAAAAGCUGAAGAGAUCCGCAAACAGGCAAUUAAUGCUCUGAAGUAAACACCAAGUUUUUGUUUUGAUGUUUUUUUUAUUUUAAUAUUUACAAUUUAAUAAGCAUUUCUAACAUUUGGGAUACAUUUAAUGAUUAUACAAUAAAGCAAGAAAGUUUAUUCUUAAACUUUUUCUCCACCUCAUUGACUUACAAAAUGCAGAGUACAUAUUUGGAACCCAAGAAAAUUAAAAUAGAUUCUCCUGAACUCGUGUGUGAUUGUAUAUAUUUAGAGAAAAAAUGCCACUAAAUUCAAACGGAGUUCAAAUGCACAGAAAAAUUACAAUAUAGCACAUUAAAUACCCAGGCUGAAUGUGAUGAUAAAUCAUCCCCACAAGGCACAUACCAGUGUAGUUCUUUCAUAUAAAUUAUAAACAAUACAGAAUGAUAACUCUGAUAGAGAUCUAUAUAAUUGAUCGGUUUUCUUAUAUUUGAAAUCCUGAUCUCACGUGUGUAUUCAUAGUAUACACAGCACUGAAUAUUAAAUGCAAGUAGGACGGAUUAGUGAACAUAGUAAAUUUACAUUUCUGAACACUCAGCACAAGUUUAAAUCUCUACAGUAUUAACAAUGUGUUACAGUAUCUACAGUGGUGAAAAAUUUAACACAUUCCUGUUAGUAUUGCUAAUAAUCCUACUCACCAUAACAUGGUAACAUACUCUUGAAACCCUUAUAAAGAAACUAUAAAUGCUUUGAUACUUUACAUGGAAUCUUAGAAAUACGUAAUUUGUACUGAGUAAUCACAUUGGAACAAAAUUAAUAAAAUAUAUCAACAUGGGGAUCAGUCAUGUAGACACAAAUAUUGCAGUAAGGAAGAAGAGCUGAAAAAAAAAUAAUACUCUUUUAAAUACUGACAGUGUUUAGAUUUUAGAGUUAAGACAAACUAAGGAUGUAAUUUCUAUUUAAAAAGGUAAUUCAUUUUCAGUCUAAAUUCAGAACCAUGUAAUCUGGAUGGCUUGACAUAAGACCUACCUUUAUACUUCAUCUGCAGAGUAUACUAGGGAGAAACACAUCAUCAAAUAAAUAGUUUGCAUUUUAUCAACAAGCAACAAAUUUUAAGCACUUAGUACAAGAUUUAUAAUGUGUGAUUUAAUGUAGUGAACUCUACGAAUAUGAUCUGUAUGUAAUGAUGAUUGAACUAGAGAACCCAAGUUGAAGAACACAGUUUUCAAGGAGGCAAUUGUUAAUGGCAAUUACAACACUAUUGAAUUAGAGUUAGUAACUAAAAUUCAUUAUUAAAUAACAUCCAGGCAAAUUAUCAUGCUUUCCAGAAGCACAUGUUGAAUGUCAUUCAUAACCAGAAGGUAAAACUUACAAAACUGUUCCAUUUGAGUUGGAGAUUUCUCUCUUUCCCUCUUGAACUACCCACUACAUAAUCAUUCUACUUACACCCAUCCACACUUGUACACUAGCUCACAUAUUCAAGAUUAAAAAAAAAUUUAAUUGUGUGUAAUCAAACAUUAGCUUUAUGAAAGUUAAAGCAAGGCCCAGUCACCAUUACAGAAGGGGAUUAACUAGGACUAGAAAAUUAUAGUAAUUCCGAAGUUUCUUGCAUUUUUCUGUCUAGAAUAUUUACAUGUUCAUGCAUUAACUCAAAGCAAUUUUCCUUUCGCUUUGGACACUUAUGGUUGGUUUCAGGUCUUUCUAUUACGGUUUCUUUAAUACUUUGGACCAUUAUAAUAUGGCUCAUUUCUAAACUUUCAAUUUAGAUUUUUUGUUUCCAUUGCCUGAAAGAGAAAUGACAAUUUGUGGCUAAUAUUGAGCAUUUAUGAUCCAUUGAUGAAGUUAUAUCAUGAAGUCAGGACAUGCUUUGUUCACAACAAUUUAUGUGGCACAUCAAUUUAAAAAUUAUUUUUCAAUGGAACAAUGGCAAAUUGUUAGCUUUCAACAUUUAUUUAUGAACCUCCAAUCUGUCUAAACAAGUUGGCUAUUAAUUCUUUGUUAUAUGGACCUGUGUUCAGGGAAGUUUAAUUUUUUCCCCUUUGGUUGCAAAUUUCAAAAGGAAACAAGUUCAAGAAUUGAAAAUUGGAUCUUGUGUUAAAUAUGAACCUUCAAUUUACUAGACAAAUCUGAAAUUUACUAAUGUGUCACUAGUGAGAUUGACCAAUGGAAUUUUGUUUUUACAAUCGUGAAAUAGUGUAUUCCAAACAGAACAAGUGGCCUUGUGCAUUCGAACUUGCAUACAUACAUGUAUACAUUCACAAACACUAGGAGAAUUUUAAUCUAUGGUUGACACAUUUUAAUGCUAUUUUUUGUGAACAGAAAGUGCUUGCUUUUUGCACUAAAGACUUUUCACUCUCCUAAACUAAACAUUUGAUACAACCUAAAUUGCAGUAUAUGUACUUCAAAUACUGGUAUUCUUAGAUUAAAAUAACCAUGACAUACUUGGAGGAGGCAACUAAUUGAAAGGCUGAAUUAUCAAAUUCACAUCUAUACAAGUACUAUGAUUUGUAAUUAUCCAUGACAAUGCCUUAAGAACUGACAAGAGUCAAUACUGUUCUGUUACAUUAUAAUUUUAAUUGGACCGUAACAUGCUUUGCAGUUUCAAUGCAUUAAGAAGAAACUUUUAAAUUGUAACUAUGAUAUGCUUCACUCAUAAAUUGGAAAUGCUGUGUUCAUAAAUCUAAUUCUUUUUAAAAUACAUCACGUUAAAUCCCAGUUUGCUAAUUUUGAAGUAGGAAAAUGAUGAAUUUAACCUCAGAAGCUCUUAGUGAAGUAUGUGAUUAGAUAUUUCAUUCACAGCAAUGCUAUCACAUUGUCAAAUCCAGGAGAAUUCACUGAUAAAAAGAAUAAGAUAAUUUGCUACAUUUAUGGUAAUGGAUUAAAAGAAGUAAUUUCUUCCUUUAACUGGUUGAAAAUUUUUCUUGUGACAAUCUAAUAAAGGCUGCAUAAGAAAAUUUACGAAAUUAAAAUUUAGUUGCAUUGAAGUUCUCUUAGACCAUGAAAGGCUUAAUUCCAUUAUACUGUUCCUAAAAUGUUCCUCCUUCAAAGAACAAAAUGAAGUAGAAAACACUAGUUCUGAAAUAUACAAUGCCAAACUAGUAAAAAAAUACCUGUUUUGAAGUAUGUAAAGCCAAAGUGUUUCAUUGUAAUAAACUACCAAAGAGGUAAAUUACAGUUUCGACAGAUCUUGUCUUAAAAUAAGAAUAAUAAUAAAAAAAAAUAAAUUAAAAAAAAAAAA